AUGGUGGCCUACUUCGCGCUCAGUGACCUGGUCGAGUCGCGUUGGCGGCAGUACGCUGCGCGCACCGUGGAGAUCGUGGACGGGCUGUCGCUGGGCGAGACGGCGCGGCUGGCGUCGGCCUUCUCGACCGCGCGCUUGCUGGACUUCGGCCUCAUGGCCAGCCUGUCCUCGAGAGCCUUGGAGUGCCUCCGUGCGGAGCAGGGCGCUGGCGCCGCGAGCGCCACCGCGGCUGACGCGCGUCGCCUCGCGAUGGCCUUCGGGCGGGCCAGGGCCUUCGACAGCGAUCUGAUGGAAGCCCUCGUGCCGAUCAUCAGCGAGCGGGUGGAGGACUUCCGGCCCCGCGAGCUGGCCCGCGUCGCGGACGCCUACGCGCGCGCCGCGGUGCAGAGCCCCGACCUGUUCGCGCUCGCUGCGGAGGCGCUGCCUCCGUACCUGUACGACCUCGAGCCCGGCGACCUGGCGGCGCUGUGCCGCGGCUUCUCGGAGGCCGCGGUGUACAGCAGCGAGCUGACGGACGCUCUCUGCGAGGAGGUGGUCAAGAGGCUGAAGAGCUUCGGCCCGCUGGAGUGCCUCGUGUUCCUCGAGGGCCUGGCGCAGCUGAGCGAAGGCCUCCCCGAGGAGAUGCGCCGGGACGACGCGGAGACUGUGGCAGCGGUGGCCGGGCAGCUGGCCAGGUCGAUGCAGUCGCUGGCCGCGGGCGACAUCGUUCGCGUUUUUUCGGCGCUGGUGCAGCUCGACCACUACGAUCAGUUUCUGGUCCAUGCCCGCCUGUGCGAGGCCCUGGCGCAGAAGCUGAGCCAGGGGCAGCUGCGCGGGCCCCCGGCCUUCGCGAGGCUGGCGGAGCUCCUCCACUGUCUCAGCCUGCUGCCGGCGCAGUCCCACAAGUCCGCCGAGCUCGCCCUCACCACCGCGGCGCUGCUGCGCGAGUGCGGGCCGCCGAGAGGGGGCCGCCCGGAGCCGCGGGCGCUGGCGCUGGUGGCCAGCGCGCUGGCGGAGCUGGGCCAGCAGGACCAGGACCUGCUGGAGAUGCUGGGCGGCGCGGUGCUGCCGAGGCCCUCGGCAGGCCUCCCCAGCGACCCGCGGCACGGCGCCGGUCCGUCGGAGCUGCUCGCCCUGUCGUCCGACGACGAGCUCCAAGACCUGCAGCGCGCCUUCAGGGCUUGCCGCAGCGAGGCGCUGGCAGGCGCGUGCGCGGCCAUCGGCGCCGAGCUGGCCCGCAGGAGCGAGUAA